AUGGAGGUCCUGAAGGAGAAAGUGGAGGAGGAGGAGGAGGCCGAGCGGGAAGAGGCGGCCGUGCGGGCUGAGAGGGGCGAGAAGGUGGUGAGGCCGAUGGAGGUGCGGAGGGAGGAAGCCCCCAUGACACAGGAGAUGCUCAGAGACCUGGAGAAGAAGCUGUCAGACAUUGAGAUGGCCAUCCCGGAGAAGCUCUCGACCUUUACCAAGGACACUAUCGACAUCUCCAAGCUACCCCUCUCCUACCAAAGCAACACGCUCAAGGAGGAACACUUGCUGCAGGUGGCGGACAGCUUCUCCCGCCAGUACAGCCACCUGUGCCCAGACCGCGUGCCCCUCUUCCUGCACCCACUGAACGAGUGCGAAGUGCCCAAGUUCGUGAGCACAACCAUCCGACCCACACUGAUGCCCUACCCUGAGCUCUACAACUGGGACAGCUGUGCCCAGUUCGUCUCAGACUUUCUCUCCAUGGUGCCCCUGCCGGACCCCCUCAAGCCGCCCUCCCACCUGUACUCCCCGACCACGGUGCUCAAGUACCAGGAGGGGAACUGCUUCGACUUCAGCACGCUGCUCUGCUCCAUGCUCCUCGGCGCUGGCUACGACGCCUACUGUGUCAACGGCUACGGCUCACAGGACAUGUGUCAAAUGGACUUGACGCGGGACGUGUGCCCACUCACCGUGAAGCACCAGGAGUGGGUCAACAUGCAGGACUGUUGGAACUGCUGCAAGGACUUGGUCUUUGACCUGGGAGACCCUGUGAGAUGGGAGUACCUGCUCUUGGGGACUGAGAAGUCUCACCUGUCCUUGACUGAGGAAGAGGAAGAUGGGUUGAAUGAUGACGACGAUAUGGAAAACCUGGGCAAGGAGGACGAGGAUAAGAGUUUCGACAUGCCGCCCUCAUGGGUGGAGCAGAUUGAGAUCUCCCCAGAAGCUUUUGAGACCCGCUGCCCAAAUGGGAAGAAGGUGAUCCAGUACAAGAGGGCGAAGCUGGAGAAGUGGGCCCCAUAUCUCAACAGCAACGGCCUCGUGUGCCGCCUCACCACCUACGAGGACUUGGAGUGUACCAAGACUUUGGAGAUAAAGGAGUGGUUUCAGAAUCGGGAGGACAUGCUGGAGCUGAAACACGUAGACAAGAGCACAGGCCUGAAUGUCGACUACUUCAAGCCAGGCCACCCCCAGGCUCUGCGUGUGCACUCGUACAAGUCUAUGCAACCUGAAACGGACCGCAUCAUGGAGUUUUACGACAGAGCCCGUGUGGACGGCCUGGUAAAGCGGGAGGAGACAUCAAAGACAAUGACGGAGUAUUACCGAGGACGGUCUGACUUCCUCUCCUAUCGCCAUGUCAGUUUCGGGGACAGGGUCAAGAAGUUGUCUCUGAACAGUGCAGAGUCAAACCCCCGGCCGAUUGUGAAAAUCACAGAGCGGUUUGCCCGCAACCCCGAGCAGCCUGCGGAUGAGGAUGUGGCGGAACGCGUGUUUCUGAUCUCGGAGGAGCGCAUCCAGCUGCGCUACCACUGCCGUGACGACCACAUCACGGCCUCCAAGCGCGAGUUCCUGCGGCGCUCUGAGGUGGACAACAAGGGCAACAAGAUCGUCAUGACGCCCGACAUGUGUAUCAGCUUUGAGGUGGGCCUGGGCGCCGUGGCUGGCCCGGGCAAGGGUAGAGGGUGUCUUAUCCAUGCCAUCCCCCGCUUUCCAAUUUAGGUGCUGGAGAUCCUGAAGCUUCGAGAGGAGGAGGAGGAGGAGCACAGGCUGACCAUCUCCAUCUAUGACACCAAGCGCAACGAGAAGAGCAAAGAGUAUCGGGAGGCCAUGGAGCACAUGAUGCACGAGGAACACCUGCAGCAGGUGGAGGCCCAGCUGGACUAUCUGGCCCCCUUCCUGGCACAGCUCCCGCCGAGUGAGAAGAUGACACGUUGGCAGGCCAUGCGUGUCAAGGACGAGUGCCUCAGUGACUUUAAGCAGCGGCUCAUCGACAAGGCCAACCUCAUCCAGGCCCGGUUCGAGAAGGAGACCCAGGAGCUGCAGAAGAAGCAGCAGUGGUACCAGGAGAACCAGGUGACCCUGACGGUCGAGGACGAGGACUUGUAUCUGAGUUACUGCUCUCAGGCCAUGUUCCGCAUCCGCAUCCUGGAGCAGCGGCUCAACCGGCACAAGGAGCUGGCCCCGCUGAAGUACUUGGCUCUGGAGGAAAAGCUCUACAAGGACCCACGCCUGGUGGAGUUCAUGAAAGUCUUUGUUUGA